CCUAAUGUAUGUGUACGUUGUUGAACGCCCCCUCUUGCUUUUGAUUGGCUACUUGUUGAAUGUGCCAGCUCUCAAUCAAACGUAACGUGAGCGGUUGUCUGAUUCCGCGGUUAGUUUAGCAAUUUUCAGUCGUUUUCAACUAAAUAAAGUCUACAUCCUCGUAAAAUUGCGAUAUAUUUAAGUUCAGAGUGUGACUUAAGGCUAAAUAUAAACUUUCUGGCUCACACUGAAGCCUUGGUUUUUUUUUUCGGUUCUUGCUGCGAUAACUACCUAGCUCAAGUGCUAGCUAAUUCAUGAGCUAAACCAUUGUAAAAUCCAGCAUUAAAAUCUUAAUUUUUCCUUUCCGUUUCUGCCUGGGUUCGUUUUCACAGAAGAUAUGGCAACCGCACCACAACUGAAGACAUCUCAGCACAAGACUCAGCUGUUUCCCGACCAGAUUGUGUCUGCGAAGCAGUCUCUCACUUACAUGAAACUUCUCCUGGCUACCGGAGUGUCAGGCAUUAUGUACCUUCGUGGAUUUUUUCCAGCAAGUGCCUACAGGACAAGUUACAUUCAAGAUCAGAGAGUUAUGGUGCUUAGAGCCGAGAACAGUUGUCCUCCCGCCUGUCAGCUUGUCGAGUGGUUGAAGGGGUGCUUUGAUGCCAUCCAGAUGAAAUAUCUGCGGUCUGUCAUCCUGACUCUUUCUUCAGAACCGAACGACCCGCAGAAAGUGACAGAAUUUUAUCACUUCAGGAUUCAUUAUAACACUGUCGGGGCACAAUUGGACUUUGAAAGCACUCAAAACCAAGAUGUCGCCUCAUUCGGCAACACCAAGUUGGCUAGUGUCAUGCUGGUGAGGAAGCUCUACAUGCUGAUACAGCAUCUCGGCCCUCUGCCCAGCAAAGUCUUCCUCAACAUGAAGUUGACUUACUACGAUAGCGUCACGCCGCGAGACUACCAGCCACGGGGCUUCCAAGAGGCGGACGGCGACCUGCUGGUGUUUGAGCGGGAGCCCGUCAAACUUGAAAUCGGCGAGGUGAUCACUCCCUUCCACUGCUUCAAGUUGGACAUGGGCACAGAGAGACACAGGAUGGAACCGGUGGAAGAGCUCCCUAACCGGAAAAACAAAUGGUUUCUUAAGAUUAGACAUGAUGGCAGCCUGUCGCAGAGGUCUGAGGUUGAAGAAGUGGACGAAACACCCGAAAACGACAACACAGAUGACAAUUCACCAGAGAUGGAUCUCAGCUACAAUGAGAAAGUGGACAGUUAUGAGGUCACUACGGCAGAGGAAGUCGUGGCAGAGGAGACAAACGACAUGGAAGCAGCCACGAUGACCACCAGGGAUCAGCAGUCUUCGGCAGAGGAGUUCGUGGCGGAGGAGACAAACGACAUGGAAGCGUCCACGAUGACCACCAGGGGUCGGCAGUCUUCGGCCAAAAAAGCGAUGAACGUCAGAAAGCCACCAUAUCCAAAGAAAAACAAGGCAAACAAAGCGAUGAACAUCAAGGAGCAGGCAAAUCCAAAGAAAAACAAGGACGCAGACGAAGCGAUGAACGUCGGGAAGCAAGCAAAUCCAAAGAAAAACAAGGUUUGUCACUACAAAAUCCCCACCAGUCAAGAGUCUACCCGGAAGAAACGCAAGUUCAGCGAGUGCAAAGAGAACGUGUGAGCCGCCACGCUUUCAAGCUUGUUAACGUUCACCAGCGUGAGGUAUUUUAGAGGCAUCGACUUUAUUUUUUUUUUUUACAAGUUAGAAAAGUUUGUCUUGUUGGAACGGUUUUGUUUUGUUUUUUUGUUCCAUUGAAAAAAAAAAAUCUGUGAAAAAUGGUUUAGUCAUGCCUUGCAGGACCAGAGGCACAAUUAGAAGAUGAGCCAAAGGAUGAAGGUUUUCAGUUUUCAAUCAAUGUUUAAACAGAUAUUAGUAGUUAAAACUGUUCAAGCUAGCAAAGUUAGCUAAAAACAUUGUAUGUUUAAUUGCGCUCAAAUCAUCCCAUCCGACUGUUGCAAUUAAAUUGACUGAC